AUGCAACCACAAUCACCAAUAAUCUUCUCGCAAUACUCGAUGCUCAAACUGCUCAAACUCGACACAAACAAGGCCCUGGACUCCUCCUUCCACACCAUCCACCUCCGCAACAGCACGACCCCCUGCGCAAACAGCACGUCCGUCGACCCGACCAUCUGCCCCGAUCCAACAACCUGCGCACAGGAGUGUCUCAUCGAGGGGAUAUCCGAUUACAGCGCUUACGGGGUGCAUGUCUCUCCCUCCACCACCACCACCACCACCUCGCUCGGAAGCGUAACCCUAAACCAAUAUCUCCAGACCAACACCGACAAUAAAACAACCAUCACCACCGCCUCGCCGCGUCUCUACCUCCUCUCACCCACGGGAUCGACCUACCAACCGCUCCAUCUUCUCAACCAAGAGAUAUCCUUCACAGUGGACGUCUCGAACCUGCCGUGCGGGAUGAACGGCGCACUAUUUCUCUCCGAGAUGGACUUUUCCGGCGGGCACAGCAGCACGCUCAACCGCGCCGGCGCCCCCUACGGCACCGGCUACUGCGACGCGCAAUGCUACAUCAAGCCGUGGUUCAACGGGGUCGCGAACACCGCGAACGUCGGGGCGUGCUGCAACGAGAUGGAUCUGUGGGAGGCGAAUGCCCGCGCCACGGCGGUCACGGGGCAUUCGUGCAAUGUGUCCGGGAUUUAUGGGUGUGAGGGGGAGACGUGUGGGAGUGGGAGUGCCGGGGUGUGCGACAAGACGGGGUGUGGGUUUAAUCCGUAUGCGCUGGGGCGGGAGGGGUUUUAUGGGUUGGGGGACGCGUUUAGGGUGGAUACCCGGGGGGUGGUUAGGGUGGUGACGCAGUUUUGGACUUCAGUUUCUGAUGGGAGUGGUGAUGGGAAUGACGCUGCAGGGGAGGGGCAGGCGUUGAAGCAGAUCCGCAGGCUAUACAUCCAGGACGGCGUGGUGAUCCACAACGCGGUGGUCGAGUUGGAUGGCCAGCGGACGGAUUCGAUCACGGAUCGGUAUUGUGUGGAAAAGGGGGACAGUGAGGGGACGUUUGAGAGCCAUGGGGGGUUGGAGGCGAUGGGGAAGGCGCUGGAGAGGGGCAUGGUGCUGGUGUUUAGUGUGUGGAAUGAUGACAGUUCGUAUAUGCAGUGGUUGGAUGCGGGGAGUGAUGGACCGUGUAAUAGCACCGAGGGGAAUCCGGAGGUGAUUGAAGCGGUCGAUCCGGGGACGGCGGUGGUGUUUUCGGAUGUGCGAUGGGGGGAUAUAGGGUCGACGUUUGGGGUGUAG